ACAAACCGAUGCUAAAUAGCAAAUUAGCGUUCAAGGUCUGACCACUAGCCUUCUAGUUAGGUGGUUACAUUAACAGUGAGUUUAUGAAAUAAACAUUGAGACAGAAUGCCAGAAGGAGACAGUGCUGGUGAAUCCAUCCAUGGGAAACCAUCAGCGAUCGGAAACUUCUUUAAACGGCUCGGGCAGAUUUAUCAGUCAUGGUUGGACAAGUCAACACCGUUCUCAGCAUUCCGAUGGGCAGCUACUCUUCUUCUAACAGCCAUAUAUAUGAUCAGAGUAUAUAUUCUACAGGGCUGGUACAUAGUCACAUAUGCUCUCGGGAUCUACCACCUUAACCUCUUCAUUGCUUUCCUCUCACCAAAAGUGGAUCCCUCAUUGCUUGAUGAUCCAGAUGAGGGUCCAGCACUACCCACAAAACAGAAUGAAGAGUUCCGGCCAUUCAUUAGGAGGUUGCCAGAGUUCAAAUUCUGGCAUUCAGCGACAAAGGGCAUCGUCAUCGCUAUGAUUUGCACAUUCUUCGACGCCUUUGACGUUCCGGUGUUCUGGCCCAUCCUCGUAAUGUAUUUCAUCAUGCUGUUCUGCAUCACCAUGAAGCGGCAGAUCAAGCACAUGAUCAAGUAUAGAUACCUGCCCUUCACACAUGGGAAGAGGACUUACAGAGGCAAGGAAGAGACUGCGAAAACCUUUGCUAGUUAAAAUUCCCCUUCCUGAAAUUAAAGUUAUUGAUGAAGAAUGGUGCGUAACGGGGGUUGAGGUUUUUUUUCUUUUCUUUUUUUCUCUUUUGCUUUUUCUGAGUAAGAAAAAGCCAAGCCUGUUGAAACUUUUGAUCGACAUUGAAACUGUAACGAUGCCUUUAAGCGUUUGGGCCUUUGAGAAAUGCUGUUGAGAGCUUCUACACUGGCAAAUUUUAAUAUAUUUGGACAACUAAGUAUGAGAUUUGACAGAUUUUUUGCUCAGUGGUCCCCAUUCUUCGUCAUACAUAGAGGAUUUGAUACUCCUUUCCGGUUUGUUUUUAAAAAG